AAGAUAGGAAGAAGUCCGGUCUCUAAACGCAGCAGAAUGCAGAAGGUGAAAGUAUUGCAGGUGUGUGCCUGGGUGCUGUUGCUCUGGCGAUUCUGGGGGGUGCUCGGGUACCCGCUGGACUGUAAGGAUGAACAGGGCAAAGUCAUCAGCUGCAUCUCCAUCUCCCUGGAGAAACUCCUGGACCGGGUCAUCCAGCAUGCAGAACUCAUAUACCACGUCUCCGAGGAGUCCUGCACCCUCUUCGAAGAAAUGUUUGUCCCCGUUUCAAUGCGUACCCAGCAGAACCGGGCCAGUAACACAUGCAUUACCAAAGCCUUCCCCAUCCCUGGAUCCAAAAGUGAAAUACAGAAGAUAUCGGACAAGUGGCUGCUGCACUCUGUGCUGAUGCUGGUCCAGAGCUGGAUUGAACCCCUGGUCUACCUGCAGAAGACUCUUGAUCGCUAUGACGAUGCUCCUGAUACCAUCCUCAACAAAACCAAGUGGGUCACCAACAAGCUGUCCAGCCUGGAGCAAGGCAUCGUGGAGCUUAUUAGAAAGAUGCUGGAUGAAGGCUUGCUGGCCGUUGAGCACCAGCAGACUCUGACGAGGUUCGACGUGCAGCCCGAGGUGGUGGAGUCGAUCCUGAGGGACUACACGGUGCUCACCUGCUUCAAGAAGGACGCCCACAAGAUGGAGGUCUUCCUCAAGCUGCUCAAGUGCCGUCACACAGACAAGAUGAGCUGCUACAUCUCCUAACAGCAGCCCAGCCCUCCUCUGUGUGAGCCGCCAAACUGGUGUAGCCCCCAACUCACUGCCUUCAAACCAGCCCUGUGGUUAAAUACAUGUCAUAUAAAUGGAUAGCUGUUGUAAUGAUAUGCCUGUAGAUUACAUAAGCACAGUUUCUUAA